UUCAGUAUGGCUCGGGUAUAACUUAAUAUCAGUCCGGAACUGUCUAUUCGUAAUCUCGUGAUAAUUAUUAGAUAUUUUUAAUAACAAGUUCGACAGGUCAAUAGGAGGACACUAUAACUAAAUGAAGUAAAAAUUUAGUGUAUAUUUUAUUGAAUGAAAAGUUACGUAUGCGCUAUAAAAAAUACAGAUUAUGAAAGCAAUUAUUUUGAUUUUAUUGAUGUCAAUAUGCACUGUACAUAACUAUAAUAUCCUCAUAAUUAGCCCAAUGGCUUCUCCUAGUCAUUUUAUCCUUGGAAACGAACUAGGUAGAGGUCUUGUAGAAGCUGGACACCAAGUAACAGUUGUUAGUCCUUACGAAGAUAAAAAUCCUUUAAAAGGCUAUAAGGAUGUCGUUUUAACAGGUUUAGCAAAACAAAAAAGGGCUAUUUCUCCCAUGGACAUGGUCCAUAUGAAUCAAUUUUCAAUAAGUAGUCACUUUGCUGAAGUUGGCAACCAAAUUGUCAAUAGUACAUUCCACCAUCCGAAUUUUAAGCAGCUGAUUAAUUCGAACGAAAAAUUUGAUGUAUUAAUUAUACAAAACUUCAGAACAGAUGCUCUUAAUAUUUUACAAUGUCAUUACAAUGCACCACUGAUUGUUUUUAGUAUAACUGGACCAAGCUUUUGGGUAAAUCCCAUAGUUGGCAAUCCUCUAGAACCGUCAUAUUUUCCAGACUUUUUCUUAGAAUAUUCAAGUAAUAUGAAUUUUUGGCAAAGAACGGUUAAUUCACUUUUACUGCUAUUUAACUAUGUACAUAAACAUUUAUAUUUUAUCCCGCAACAAAAAAAGUUCAUGAGCGAACAUUUUCCAAAAUGCACUGAUCAGGAUGCAGCGUUCUAUAACGCUUCACUGGUGUUUGUCACAGCUCAUGAAAGCGCCAACCAACCUGUACCUCUAGUACCUAAUAUGAUCAAUAUUGGUGGUCACCAUAUUAAGCCUGCAAAAACAUUACCGCAAGAUUUAAAAGAAUUUAUGGAUAAAGCCAAAGAAGGAGUGGUGUACUUCAGUCUUGGUACAAAUGUUGAUCCUACUAAUAUGAAGCCAGAGCAAUUACGAGCCAUUGUCAAUGCUCUGGGGAAAAUAAAACAAAAAGUUCUCUGGAAAUACGGUGGAAACGUAACAGAUUUGCCCAAAAACGUUCAAUUAGGAAAAUGGUUUCCACAAUCAGAUUUAUUAGGUCAUCCGAAUCUAAAACUGUUCAUUACACAUGGAGGCUUAUUAAGUACUUUAGAAGCAGUUUAUCACAGUGUCCCUAUAUUGGCUUUACCAGUGUUUGCUGACCAAAAUAUGAAUGCAGCCAAAGCUCAACUGGCGGGUUAUGGCUUUAGCCUUCCUUUAGUAGAAGUAACUGAAGAGAAGUUGACUAAUGCACUACACGAGGUGUUGACAGAUCCAAAAUAUAGAGAAACCGUUAAAAUCAGAUCUAGUCUCUUUCAUGAUCGCCCUAUGAAACCUAUGGAUCUGGCAGUUUAUUGGACCGAAUUUAUCGUUAGACAUAAGGGAGCGCCCCACCUAAGGAUAGGAUCCAUGGAUCUUCGAUGGUACCAAUAUUUGCUGCUUGACGUGAUUGCAGCUGCAUCCGUCGUUAUCUUUCUUGUAUUUACAGUAUUAUAUAUCUUAUGUGUUAGAUUGUGUUGUUUAAAACAAAAAAUAAAGAAUAAAUAUGAAUGAUUUAAUAUAAAUACUUAUUAGUUUGAAG